GUUGAGGACUGAUGUGUAUCGGGAAUUCUUUCAGGCCGCGGUGUGAAAGAAGAUGGACACACUAAAUAAACUGAAACAAUUUGAUGCAUAUCCGAAAACUCUUGAGGAUUUCCGAAUUAAAACAUGCGGCGGAGCUACGGGUGAGUGUUUUUGGGUAGACUUUUGAUAGCUCUUAGCUACUUGCAGAACAUAUACUGUCUCCAGUUGCUACUAUCAGUAGCUAGCUAGUAGGACUAGGAGAACUGUGAUUGGGCUAGCAUUCUAGAUCUGUCAGACUGUUGACUAGGCUUCAUCUGGGGUGUGGGGUGGGGGGUGACUAGGUUGUUUGCUAAAAUUCAAUGGGAUUUGGUGCUAUUCUGACAUGCAUUUAUUUUUUUCCCCCUUUUGAAGUCACCAUCAUAAGUGGUCUCAUCAUGUUGAUCCUGUUCUUCUCAGAGUUGCAGUAUUAUCUCACUAAGGAGGUGGGUUAAUGUACAUUUUCUGAAAAUAGUCAGGGAACAUGCUAAGUCUGCCAGCCAGGUACGUGGGUAAGAAGCUUGCUCUGUAUGGACCACACUUGUAAACGGAAGGAUAUUCUAAUGGAGAACUAUGACAACAAGGAACUAUAACAGCUAGCCAGCCACUCUGUAUGUUCAAACUGUGCAUGCCACAAUUAUUGUGGUUUGUAUACUCUAUAACAGUGGUAUUCAAACUUUUUCAGCCGAUCCCAUUGCAAUGUAAUUAUUUAGUGGUAAUAUAAUGUAAGGUCCAGUUAAUUCCAACUCCAUUGCCACCUGGGCAACUGUGAAUGGUUAACAUUCCAAUUAUGGGCAUGGUGCUAAAAUACAAUGACUAGCCAAAAGGAUCCUACUCAAGUUCAUUUCUGUCGCUUGAGUCGGAAUGGUGCUUUGCCGGAAUGUAGACAGCCAGAGCCCAUCGCGUUAUAUGUCUGGGAAAACGUACCUCAAUCCAGGGAUGGAAUAUGUCGUUGUACAUCAUCCCGAAAUGAUGAAAGGUGAAUCGAGAAGAUUGAAAUGCUGCUAGUUUUGAAAUGAAUUGCCGUUUUUGCCAGCAUGCUAGGCUAGCUAAUGCUAUAACAGCCCAUUAGAUUCCAUGAAAAUUGGACACCUAGCGUUGGGAUAGUAACUACCGGAAGUGUUGUUGAAUCCAAUGGGUUGCUUUAGUAUUAGCUAGCCUAGCAUGCUGGCAAAAACUGCUGUUUAAUAAAAAACUAGCACUAUUUCAAUCUUCUCGAUUCACCGUUAAUCAUUUAGGGACUGAGGUACGUUUUCCCAGCCAUAUACUGCGCCGGGCUCAGUCUGUCCACAUUCCGUCAUGGGACCUUUACAACUCAAGAGAGAAAUGAACGAGUCGAAUCCUUUUGGCUAGCCUAUUUGAGGAUGAUUGGAAUGUCACAAUCAUUUUAUGUUGUUCUGUUAUAAUUAUUUAGCCAUCUGUCAUAACUUUUACUUCAUCUAUGGAGCCCGGUCCACACUUUAAAUACCACUGCUUUAUGACUUGCAAAAUAUUUAUAUUGUUCUGCCAACACAGGUCCAUCCUGAAUUGUUUGUGGACACAUCACGAGGAGACAAACUGAAAAUCAACAUUAAUGUGAUAUUUCCUAACAUGCCGUGUGCCUGUAAGUAGCUUUAGAAAAAACCUUGACCUUAGCAUGCAUCAUCACGUUUGACAAACUUAAACCUGCACAAUUAACCCCUAUAUGUGCUUGUUAAUGUGAUAUUAAUGUGAUAGUACUGUGUAGCUCAGUUGGUAGAGCAUGGCGCUUGCAACGCCAGGGUUGUGGGUUCGAUUCCCACGGGGGGCCUGUAUGGAAAUGUAUGCACUCACUAACUGUAAGUCGCUCUAGAUAAGAGCGUCUGCUAAAUGACUUAAAUGUCAAAUGUAAAUAUUAUAAAACAGUAGCAUAAAUCAACACAAUGCCUCAGUAAAGUCUAAGGUAAUCUCUUUUGGGGAAUAUGCAUGAAGCAAUAUGGUGAUUGCACAGUUGAAGUAUAUGACAUUUGUAAUAUCACCUUGUCCUUCAGAUCUCAGCAUUGAUGCCAUGGACGUUGCUGGAGAGCAGCAGUUGGAUGUGGAACACAACCUGUUCAAGCAAAGGCUUGACAAGGAUGGCAAUCCUGUCACUACAGAGGCAGAGAAGCAUGGUAGCCAUCUUGCUAAUAGCUUGCUUGUAAUUUCAUUCUAUUACUUGAAGAGCAUUCUACACCAUGGAGAGCAGCGUAGGUUUUCCCUCAUGGGAAAAUAAAAGCUAUAUUAAUUGUAUUGAAUAGUUAUUGUUUUCACUGGGUCAUGGAUAUUGUUUUGUUGUCGUCUCUCAUGUAGAUUUGGGACAAGAGGAAGGUGAAUUAUUUGACCCCAGUAAACUAGAUCCUGAGCGGUGUGAAAGCUGCUAUGGAGCAGAGACAGAGGAUUUGAAGUGAGUUCCCAUGAACGGAAUGCCCUCCAGAAUGCCUUCCCAGGCUAUACAGAACAUACUUCCCAUGACCAAAGACAGAAAAUGAUGUUUCCCUGUCAAUCUCAUAGCUUAAAUCCCUUGCCUGUGAAAUUGGACUUGUUAGAAAGAAUUCAUGACGAUUAAUUUAGAAAACAUGACUGACCCCCCCCCCCCACCACCUUUGACAGCUUGUACUUACUUAAUUGAGCCCUAAACUCUUGCAGAACAUAGGCCAUCAACAAAUUAGCUCAUCUUUUGUCCAAAAUGUGAAUGUUAAAUUGACAUAUUGCCUAUGCUUUUGCUUUUUUGUAGGUGCUGUAACACCUGCGAUGACGUACGAGAGGGUUAUCGCAGGCGGGGCUGGGCCUUCAAGAACCCCGACACCAUCGAGCAGUGCAAGAGGGAGGGCUUCAGCCAGAAGAUGCAGGAGCAGAAGAACGAGGGUUGCCAGAUCUACGGCUUUCUGGAGGUCAACAAGGUAACUAGUCUUAGAUGGAUGCUUUGGCUAAGUUCAUAAUGCGAAAGAAUAGUCAGUACUCACACACUGAUUAACACUUCAUAAAAGGAAUGCGUUUUUAUUUAAUGGCUGGCAAUGUUUGGACUUUCAAUUGCCUGGCUUUCAAAUGGUCAGGCAGUGUUGAAAACAACAUGAUUUGAAAUGAAGCAUCACUUUUGGGAACAGAAUUCUAUCUGUGGUUGUAUAAAAUUAGGGAUGGAAAUGUGCUGCCACUGUGAGAUUUAAUAUGUUAUGAGGUGCUUUAAUGCAUUCAUAUAAAUUUUCAAUCUGCAAAUAAUACGUUAAUUGUUAGACUUUUUUCUGAACUCUUCAAUUUGUCUGUUUUUUGUUAGGUGGCAGGAAAUUUCCACUUUGCCCCUGGAAAGAGUUUCCAGCAGUCCCAUGUUCAUGGUAAGACCUGAUAUCAAUUAUCUACCUAAGGAAAAUAGAAAUGCUGUUUUUAUUCCAUACCCAUGACAGAAAGUCAAUCCUCUGAAUUGCAUAGAGAUGAAACAGGUUGACUAAUUUGGGUUGGAAUUCUAAAAUUGCUUACUUGCUAGAAGAAACACUGUGGUUUAUUAAACCAGUUGUGUCUCAGACCAGAUGUAGGUACAGACCCUUUCGUAGUGUAGACUUUUCCCCUAGCACAUUCUCAGAAGACAAAAAUGUUAACCGGUAAGUUCACUUGCUCUCUUUUUGUUGCAAGUCACAGAGACCAGUAAAGGCAUUUCUAGUGCAUCCAUCACUAGUCUUUCCAGUAAAACACUGUGUAGGAAAACAUUUGGCAAAUGGUGUAUGUCUUUCUCUCUUUCAUAAUUCCUUUCAUUUUCUAGACUUCUUCCCUUCUUUCCUCCUCAGAUCAGUUUCAAUCUGAGUCAUUAAUUGUAUCUUAUUUUUUAUUUCAUGAAAACCUCUGACCUUUUAUAUCUUUGUGGCACAGGUGAAAAUAUUUGUAUAUCAAACAAAAUAGAUCUUUCCCACAUAUAAAUGUAACAUGUUGACUGUAAAUUGAUAAUUGACUCACUAGCUUUAUCAUUAAUGUGGCCUACUAAUAACACUAACAUACUAAUCAAGUUAUAUUUGAAAAUAAAAUGUGAAAUGUAUUAAUUUUUUGGGCAAACUGAUUGCAAAAAAUGAAUUGCAAUGAAUUUUUAAAUUCAAUUGGUGUAAUCUUGAUAGGCUUGACAAAAGUUACUACAAAAUGUCACUGAUGUAACCUUUGUUACUGUGUGAAUACAGGCCUAAUUCAUUUAAAAGUAUGUAUUUGUCAUUGAAAAAACAUUGAGAAGGUACUGUUUUCAUUUGAUUUACCCUUAUCAAGAAUUUCUCAAGAAUUGCUGAUAAAGUAACAUGGUACAUAACCAGAUGAAGCUAAGUACUAGUCUCUCAACUUGCUUGGAGGCAUUGAAAGGUGUCCUUUGUCAUAAUGAACGGCGUGUACCGAAAACUUAGAGCAGAACGCUUCACCAGCUUAAUGCUGCUUUUAUUUUCUCUUUUUUAUUUGCUAGACUAGUACUACUCUCCCUGUCUGCUUAAAGGUAAAAACGAGACAAGAAUCUCCUUGUGAUAAGAAUUUGGCCAUAUAUGAAAUACCAGAUGUGAUGAACCCCAUUCAGAGACUGAUUGCCUUUGACCAGCCUCUUAGGACUGGCUUUUUCUGUGUAGCCCAACAUGCGUCAUAUAGUGACUCUUCUCUCUUCUUUCUGCAGUGCACGCUGUGGAAAGUAAGUCCAUCUUUUUGUAGCUUUUAUUUUUGUAGUAAACAUCCCCCCCCCCAGCAUGGUCCCAGAUCGGUUUGUGUUCUUGCCUACUCCAUUGCUGUCCUUAUCCAGCCAAAGACCAAGUUUGGCAUCACCGUGCCUUUUCUCAAUUGGAUUUGCUCAACUCCUGCGUCCUCUCUCGCCUCCUUUUGAAAAAGGUCAAAGGUAAUCGAGGAGAAGGAAUGUGGAUGAAAAUGCGCUUCAGGCAAAUUAUGUUUACAGGGGUGAAAUCUCAAAAUAAAUGUGUAAAGUGAUAAAACAUUUAGCUAGUUCUGCAAUAUAUUUCAUAUGUAUAAAAGGAUAAGUAGCAUAUCGUUUUUAAAUGUUUGCAUGGUUUUCUCCUUCGAGAAAACAACUGCUUCAAAGCAGAUAUCAAAACUCUUCCGGCGAAGGACUCCGGUAGGAUACACAUGAUUAUUCUUGAUGAAAGGUGGCUAUCGAGGAGGGGUGGAUACUCUUCCGUUCGCUUACUAACAAAUUGACACUCUCCUCGACCACUUAAUGGUUUCCGGGUCACGGAGGAGAGAGGAUGGACUUUUGCCCAAAUGAGGAAAGGCCAAUGAGUGACAAGGAGUUGGCAUGAUAGAACAAACAGACUGGCACUCAGGCCACAUCCCCCCCCCACAUCACUCCCUUCUAAAUUGUCCAGUCAAAUAUCAAACUUGGUAUUUGAAGAGGUUGUCAGUCAGAAUCGACCCGGUUACUUAAACCCUAGCGAAGACAACCAAAGCUGCUUCCAACUGAUUUGAAACUGUCCUUUUGAAUAACCAGCAUGUGAUUGUUGGUUUGAUCUUUAAUGGAGGUGGUACAAGCAGUAAUCAAGAACAUCGCAUUUGAGGGCUGUGGGCUCAACAAUAGCUUGUAAUGGGAGAGCUGUAGAUGUUAUGAGAAUAGUAAACCCUCAUAUACUCUUGGUAAACAGAACAUGUACAGUAACUGAUGGCGUUCUAUCAGAUCACAGCAUUACUGACAUAUUGUCUCAAUUUAAUUUCAGUUCAUGAUCUGCAGAGCUUUGGACUAGACAACGUAAGUCAAAUCUUUUACUUGGCUUUCCAAGGCAGUGUUAUCCAUACCCCUUUUUAAGCGCUUAUUUGUAUUUCUUGUGUCCAAAAGAUCAACAUGACUCACUUGAUCAAGCAUCUAUCCUUUGGGAGGGACUACCCUGGUAUUGUCAAUCCUUUGGAUGGCACCGAUGUUACGGCACCACAAGGUUAGUAAUCAUCCCAUUUAUCAAAAGCGCCACACCAAACAUUUGACUUAGACCUACUACCAGCAAUUGAAAUCACAGCCUUUAUUGACAUAUUUUGUCCAAGAACUAUGGAAGAAUUGUGACAUGGGAAUAAGAGGUAUUACAAAAGUCCCGUUGUGUAAUUAUAAGUAAGUGCGGUAGAGGUGGUCUCUGCAGCGGGUGCCCAUCCCAAUGGACAUGAAUACACCAAACGUGCCUCCACUCUGCAUCAUCAUCAUCAUCAUCAUCUCCCAACUCCUCCCAUCAGCUCUCUGCCUCUCAUGCCAACCCUGAGGGAAGUAAGAAUACAGCAUUUGAACAAAAUCACAUAACACUAUGGAGUUCUAUUGAACAAACCACAAUAUGCAGUAUGGAUGGCUGCAUCAAAGUCAUAUCAAAACUGAUAUAGUAAAGAAAUCAGUGAUGCCCAAGUACAGACUAUGGCAUUCUUAUGUCUUUCAUUUCAGUGUAGGCCUACUUGUAAGUAGUUAGGACUUUGGAUUAUCUUAGCUAGUUAACCCUAUACAGGAAAAGGUUCCAAACAUGACACCAGCUGCCAUCCCAACUGCAAAGCCCAUCAUGAAUCCCAUUUUAAAUGCUGUCAAAGCAGGCUGGCUGUUGCUGGCCAUAGGUCCUACUGAUUUAUGCUUGAUCUGGAAGGUGAUCCGGAGGCUCCGUACGGAGGGUGUGACACAAUUGCGAGGCUUGCGGAGGCCAAAUCAAGUUCCGUACCGCAUCGCCGUGCGCUUCCCAAAUGUUGUAACAAUGUGGAGGGCUCCGUAUAGCCACAGAGUUUCUAAAGCCAGAGGCACAACAUCGAGAGACUUCCGGGAACGUUUACGAAACAGACCAAACAGACCAGGCUUGGGUUUGGGGUUUGACAAGUCAAUGGGUGUUUCUCAAUAUGCAUACUACCGUGCUCUACACUCUCAUGCUCCGAGUGCAUUCUCUGACGAUGUUCUCUUGAGUACGUUCUUGUGAGGACGAGAGUGUGGAGAAUGCAUAAAACAAUACAUUUGAGAAGCACUGUAUUACCUCACGCUUCACCUCCCCAUUUACUGAACCUUCUUCCAGCCAGGACAAUAGCAACAAUAGACGAAAAAAGAUCUACGCAAAUCAAACGUUUUACUUCAUAAUUAUCAGCUAGAUAUGUGAAUUGUAAUAAUAUAGCUAGCUAGUUAAACAGGCAAAAAUUAACUAAAACUAAUAUUAUGCAAGAUAGAUGUCAAUUCUUCUUGGGUAGCUAGCUAACAAUUAUUCGUGGCUGUCUGGCUAGUUAACAGUACUAGUAGCUAGCCAGUUAGCCCUAUUGACUUAUUAUAGGCUUGCGAUAUACGGUACAUAGGCAGGUGGUCCUCUGUAGCUCAACUGGUAGAGCACGGCGCUUGUAACGCCAAGGUAGUGGGUUCGAUCCCCGGGACCACCCAUACACAAAAAUGUAUGCACGCAUGACUGUAAGUCGCUUUGGAUAAAAGCGUCUGCUAAAUGGCAUAUUAUUAUUAUUAUAUUAAACAUGCCAAAAUUAACACAGCAUGUAUUUAUUAACGUAUCGAGAUAAAAUAUUGUAGUCAGGCAACACAUGAGAUGUCAGUGUAUUUUCUCUUGCUUCAGCACAAAUAAUGGCCACCAUUGAUUUCAAGAAAUGUUGCAUCAUUUUGUAUGUGGUUGCGUCAUCUCUUAGCAUACUUUCCGUUGAAGCUUGCAUCGAUGUAUGCUUCAAAAUAUGUACAAACGGAGUACGCAUUCAAGAAGUGCCCUCUGGUCCGUUUCACAUACUUUGAUUUGGACUCAGACCCUCCUGUGCUCCAAUUCGCGUGCUCGGAGCACAGUAAUGUGCAUUUUGAGAAACACCCAAUGAGAAGUUCUUCCUUAGUUGUUAAUUUUCUUGAAAUCUAAAGGCACAACCUAUAUUAGAGCCAAUGUCUUAAGUAGUUGAACAUGUUAUGACUCCGACCUCAGUGACAAACUGACACGUUUUCAAAAAUAUCAAAGUAGUGCCUUUGAUUUGACAGCCUGCACAUGUGCAGUUUGGCACGAGACGACUGUUAUACCCUGAUGAUGUGUUUCUACGCAUGAGCUUAGCUAGCCAACGUCGCCAUGAAAUCGCCUACAAGUGUGAUCAGGUAUUUCUAUUGGAGAAGCAGUUUGAGCCUAUCUUCAUACUGUACUGUCUUUGGUAUAGCUCUGAUUGGUUUACGGUAGGUGGGAGCGGUACGUCCUGUAUAAACACAAACCCACCUCCUUGACAACAGCUCUGCGAAAGAGAAACGCAAGAAGUGUGAAUGCCCUGACUUCUGCUGAGGCCGCAUUGCAGUAAAUGCUGUACGGCCAAUGCAGACCCUGGAAUGACCAUAAAUCUGCUUUUAAGGUACACGAGUGGCAAAGUAAGCUAGCGGAGUUAGCUAGCUAUCAACGUUAUUUGCACAAGCAAUAUAGACCUUUGCCACUGAAAGCUGAUUUUGAUAUGUAGCUAACUAAUGUGUUGUCACGUGCAUGGCUGCAUGCAGACGUUCAAACUUUGUCCACCUUUUAUCUUGAGCUUCUGUUUACCCAGCUGCUAGCUAGCUGCGUUUUGGCUGGAUAACUGGUUAGCAUGUCACCUAGCUCUGGCCUUGAAAACCUUGACAGGAUAUUUAUGACGCCCGACUAGAUAUAUUUUCUACAGUGUCACUAUUAUUAGCAGAAGCACUUACCCACAGAGAUGUUUUGUUAUUUAUAUUUGUUAUUUUAUUUGUAUUGCAGAAAAAACAGUAUACAAACAGACAAUGAUAACAACAUAUGCUAGGGGGUACAACAAAUUACAGAUUAUACAAAGACCUUAAAAGACAGACACGUAUUGACUGUUUUAACGGCUUUGUUAUUGGAAGAAAGUAGAAUGGUCUAAAUGUACUGCUCGAACAACUUAUAGAAAACAUGGAAGAGUUUUUUUUAUUAGUGAAUUUACAUUUAUGAAUAUGACAUUUUGCCAUUAGCACAAUUAGAUUUAAUAGGUAAAAUUGUUAUAGUUAAGAAGACCGGGCACCACAUUCUCCCAUAAUAAACUAAAGUCAUCAAGAAUAUUAACAAUUAUAAAACUAUAAAUAUCUUGCCAUAAUUUCUUUACAUGUAGACAUUGAGUUUCUUCAGGUAAUGAUUCGCAGGGUAAUACUUAUGGAUAAUACUGAAAAAUACCUCUUUGACUUUGUUAACAAGCAGCUAUUUUUGUGGUAAUAACCAGACUUUUUUUGCCCAACAGAUAUUAUUGACAAAUGUAUUCCAGUAAGUUGUGACAUAAGGUAUUGAUACAAAAUCCCUUUGAAAUAAAGCACGUAUAGAUAUGUUGUUCAGAGGGAGCAAGGAGAAACACAUUCUUCCUAUUGCAGAGUCAACUGGAUUAAGCGAGGGUAUCUCAAGAAGGUGAGGUCUGGUUACACCUCUAAACAACAUGAGAGUUCCAGAUGGAAUCUCAUCAAAGACUAUGGCGAACUCUAGGCGUAACGGAUAUUGUAACGAGAUAAAAAUUCCUAAUAAUUGAGUAACAAUCCUAAAAAGUUGACUCACCAGCAGGAUAUGAUUAUUAAACCAGUUGUUAAAAAAUUAAGACUUGUUUCUAUACAAAAUAUCUUUAUUGUUCCAAAUGAAAUACCUAUGCGGGGAUUUUUUUUAUAUAUAUUAAUGACCACGCUAAGAAUACUUGAUUUAUCCACAGAGUUGUACUGUCUUUGCAUUGGUUUAUGACAUAAUGUGAGUUAUCAGCAUAUCCUAUGUUCUAAUUCUAUGGUUAUCAGUCAACUGAGAAGACAAGCUUUUCUUUUUCGAUGAUACUUGAAAUGCUUUUCUAGCAUGCGGCCAUUACUUGAGGAAGUCAACAGUUAGCGGAGGGGGUGUGUAGCCAGCUAAUUAUGUGAUGUUAAAAGCUAUAGCGCCUCCCUGUGUUCAUGCAGAGUGGAAUGUUGCAUUUGUCCAGAUUACAUGGGCUUGGUCUCUGCAAAUGAUAAAACAAUCGAUUUAUUUUAUUCCAGCUUCCAUGAUGUAUCAAUACUUUGUGAAGAUUGUCCCAACCAUCUACGUGAAAUGGGAUGGAGAGGUGAGUAUAUGUUGGACAUGACAGCUGUGAAAUGAACUUUGGUGGCUGGCUAUUGACCAUACCUACAAAUUGUAGGUAUUUCACUGAGUUAAUCUUAUAGCUAUAUCACAUAAAAUGAAAUGACUAUUUUUAAUUGUUAAGGUACUUGGGCAUCAAACAAGGACAUCAUUGUAUUGCUUGUGUCUUACAGGUGGUUAAAACAAACCAAUUCUCUGUAACGCGACAUGAGAAAGUAGCCAAUGGGCUGAUCGGAGACCAGGGUCUACCUGGUGUGUUUGUGUUAUAUGAACUCUCCCCUAUGAUGGUCAAAUUCACAGAGAAACAGCGGUAGGUAGUUUCAAACAUACUUUUGUGUAUAUAUAGUGUAUGUGGACACCCCUUUAAAAUGUGUGGAUCCAGCUAUUUCAGCCACACCGUUGCUGACUGGUGUAUAAAAUCGAGCACACAGCCAUGCAAUCGCCGUAGACAAACAUUGGCAGUAGCAUGGCCUUACUGAAGAGCUCAGUGACUUUCAACGUGGCACCGUUAUAGGAUGCCACCUUUCCAACAAGUCAGUUUGUCAAAUUUCUGCCCUGCUAGAGCUGCCCCGGUCAACUGUAAGUGCUGUUAUUGUGAAGUGGAAACGUGUAGGAGCAACAAUGGCUCAGCCGCAAAGUGGUAGGCCAAACAAGCUCACAGAACGGGACUGGCGAAGCGCGUAACAAUCGUCUGUCCUCAGUUGCAACACUCACUACUGAGUUCCAAACUGCCUCUGGAAGCAACGUCAGCACAAGAACCAUUCAUCAGGAGCUUCAUGAAAUGGGUUUCCAUGGCUGAGCAGCCGCACACAAGCCUAAGAUCACCAUGCGCUAUGCCAAGCGUCGGCUGGAGUGGUGUAAAGCUCGCCACCAUUGGACUCUGGAGCAGUGGAAACUCGUUCUCAGGAGUGAUGAAUUGCGCUUCACCAUCUGGCAGUCCGACGGAUGUAUCUGGGAUUGGCGGAUGCCAGGAGAACGCUACCUGCCCGAAUGCAUAGUGCCAACUGUAAAGUUUAGUGGAGGAGGAAUAAUGGUCUGGGGCUGUUUUUCAUGUGCUAGGCCCGUUAGUUCCAGUGAAGGGACAUUUUUAACGCUACAGCAUACAAUGAAUGACAUUCUAGACGAUUCUGUGCUUCCAACUUUGUGGCAACAGUUUGGGGAAGGCCCUUUCCUGUUUCAGCAUGGCAAUGCCCCUGUGUACAAAGCGAGGUCCAUACAGAAAUGGUUUGUUGAGAUCGGUGUGGAAGAACUUGACUGGCCUGCACAGAGGCCUGACCUCAACCCCAUCGAACACCUUUGGGAUGAAUUGGAACACCGACUGCAAUCCAGGUCUAAUCGCCCAACAUCAGUGCCGACCUCACUAAUGCUCUUGUAGCUGAAUGGAAGCAAGUCCCCGCAGCAAUGUUGCAACAUCUAGUAGAAAGCCUUCCCAGAAGAGUGGAGGCUGUUAUAGCAGCAAAGGGGGGACCAACUCCAUAUUAAUGCCCAUGAUUUUGGAACGAGAUGUUCGACGAGCAGGUGUCCACAUACUUUUGGACAUGUGGUGUACAUCCAUAUAACCUUGUCAUUGUGUAGCCUAUAUAAAUAGUAAGCUGUGGUUAAAUCAAACAUGUUAUUUGCUCUUUUUUCCAGAUCAUUCACUCAUUUUCUUACAGGAGUGUGUGCCAUCGUAGGAGGUGUAUUUACAGGUGGGCACCUCUGCAUUCCCAUAUUACAAAUGCAGUACACAUGGCAAACAUUUCACUCACUACAUCUUUAAUAUAAUUUCAUAUUGUUUGUAAUUAGUGAUGGCUUUCUCAGUUUGAAGGUAGUGUAUACUAUGCAGAACUGGAGGUACAGUUGAGUUUGUUGGAAUGAGCCAUAUGAACUGUGGUGCUACUGUAUGUGUGUCAGAGAGUUGUCAUUUUAAUUUACUUUAUCUUGUAUAUUUUCCCAGUGGCUGGACUAAUUGAUUCAUUGAUAUACCACUCGGCAAAAGCCAUCCAGAAGAAGAUUGAACUGGGAAAGGCAUCUUAGUGGAGUGUUUGGCACAAGAGCAAACCAGACUGUUCAUCAGUCUCCGGAAGGGCCUAUCUGUAAAUGGGAAGUGACUACAAACUGACGCUAACUAACAUGGCAAGAAACAUAAGAAUCCGAAAAAUCUCCCUCAUGAAAGGAAAUUUGACUGCUGUGUCUCCCAUUAGUUUUUAGUUUUUACAUCCCUCAUCCAUACAAAGAAUGAAAGACCGAAUCACUCGGCCAGAAGAGGGACUUAACAUAAGUUUUUGAUCGCAUUUGAUGAAUCCCCAGUCCUAUCACAUUGUACAUCUAUCUAUCAGUUGGUUCCCAUAUACACGUAACAAAAAUGUAAACGCAACAUGGAACAAUUUCAAAGAUUGUACUGAGUUACAGUACAUAUAAGGUCAAUUGAAAUAAAUUCAUUAGGCCCUAAUCUAUGGAUUUCACAUAACUGGGAAUACUGAAAUGCAUUU